AUGAGCGGAAAACUGAGAAAAGAAAGACAAGUUUCGCAGCAAGUCGUCCACCUUGACUUCCUCAAGAACGCGGUUUUCUCCCGGCCCAGCAGUCAACUGCCGUUGCUCCCUGAGAAAGGAAUGAAGCCGGCCAUGAUGCAACGCUCCCUCGGUCCGUGA